AUUGACGGGCACUUACGCAGCCUAACUUUUGUCCAGACGGCGUUUCUCUCGUCUUGGCUCGACAAUGCCCCGGGUGCCGCCCACCGAAUCCCUGGAGGCCGAUCCCCGGGUCGCACCCAUAUGUUAGUGAAACGUCGCCCUGUUGUUGUCGCGUCUUCUUCAUCUUCUUUUUCCUUUCCCUUUCUCUUUUUUUGUUUCUUUUUUAUAUUAUUAUUUUGCAUCUGACUUACACGUCCACUACACCCGGAGUAUGUUGGUUUCGUAAGUUGUAACCCGCACCGCAGUGACCGCACCGUGCUUCGUUCAUCUCGACUCGCCAUCAGAGACGUAUGGUCACACAUCACCAUGGCGAGACUCGCUUUACCCGUCACUCUUCUCUGUCUCUUGCACCUCUGUUCAGCGCGUUGCUACUACCCCAACGGCCUGAGAGCGAACGGUGAUUUCCCGUGCGACCCGGACGACGACGAUAGCCCAUGCUGCAACGGGGGCGCGGGUUGGUCGUGUAUGUCAAACAAGCUGUGCAAAGGUCCAGACGGAAACAUCAUCCGAGGGUCUUGCACGGAUCAGAAUUGGGAGUCUCCUAGCUGCCCUCAAUACUGUCUGAGCGCAAACACUGGCGGCACCGAUCUGAUAUCCUGCGCCAACGUCACCGAAAUCGACACAUUAUACUGCUGCGACCACACGAUAAACUGCUGCAACAGCGGCGUGGGACGCUUCGAGGUCCUCCCCUCCGAACCGGAAAUCUGGGCCACAUGGAACAGGGACGAAACGCAAUACGUCGUUGUGCUGGCAACACCGUCUUCUACCUCGACAUCCGAGGAACCGUCGUCUACUGUCGACACGGAGUCUGCGACGACAUCGACUCAGUCUCCCACAGCCAGCGACGACAGGGGCGAUCGCAGCACCAGCACGUCAGAAGCGUCAUCACCAGCCGAGACCGCCCCCGAAGAGUCGUCACAGUCCGCACCCCAGCCCUCACCAGAUGCUUCGUCGGAAGAGGGACUAUCGGUCGCUGCUCAGGCGGGUAUUGGCGCUGGUGCCGGCGUCGGCGCCAUAUUGAUCGCGGCAGUCAUAUAUCUGUUCUGGAAACUCCGCAAGAACCAGAAGAUGUUGGAAGAGAAUCAACGGGCGGCUGCUGCCGGUCGAUGGACCGGCGCGGCGCCCUAUGCGGAACAGCCACCUCAACCUAUGAGCGACGUGAUGGUGAACCCGUGGUAUUCGCCUCAUGGUCAUAGUGGCCUGAAAGAAUCGCACACGCAGGUUCGACAGUAUCAGCGGCAGGAGCUGGAUACAAGGACGCCGCAGGAUUAUGGAGAGCGAGCCGAGUUGCCAGGAUACGUUUUAUAAUAUUAUAUGCAAAGAAUAUAACAUGAAAACAAUGAUGACUCUCCUUCCUCUAGACCUACUCUCCUGCUUUUAGCACGGACUAUUAGUUUCCCAUGGUAUAGACAGACCUUGGACAAAUAGAAG